AUGGUUUUUACAAGUGCUAGGCAGAGUCACUUCUGGUGCACUGCCACAGGGGGGCUGCAUCUUGAAGGUUAUCUCUUCUUGGCGGUGGCUGGGUGUGUGCCUCAAGGAAGUCGGAACAUGAAAGAACCAGGAAAACAUCUAAACUUUCAUCUCCAGACACAGCGUGUAAAAACAGUUGUAGCUGAUGGAGUAAAGGAGAUAUGGUUGAGUAGUGAAGACACUGGAUCAUGUGGUUGUGAAAUUGGGGUUAAUCUUCCAAUAUUAUUGAAUGCUAUUGUUGCUGAACUUCCUUCUGAUGCAAGCACAAUGGUUCGAAUUGGGAUGACAAAUCCACCUUUCAUUCCUGAACACUAGAAAGAGAUAGCAGAAGUUUUGCGCCAUCCAUGUGUGUACUCCUUUCUUCAUGUACUGCCGGCUGGAAGUGAUGCCAUUUUGACUGCAAUGAAUUGAGAAUACACUGUGAAUGUAUUCAGGACUGUGGUUGACACCUUGACUGAGCUAGUUCCAGAAAUGCAGAUUGCUACCGAUAUAAUAUGUAGAUUCCCAGGGACACCUGCUGCAAGGAUGAAGAAGGUCCCAAGUAAUGUAGUAAAGCAACAAAGCCGUGAAUUGACUUCUAUCUUUGAAGCUUUCACUCCUUACAAUGGAAUGGAGGGCAGAGUGGAAAGAAUAUGGAUAACAGAUCGCAACAGAUGGAAUUCACUUGUUGACAUAGAAAUAUCUAAAGUUGGCCACACAAAAGCAUACAAGCAGGUUCUCAUAGUUGCUCCAGAAAGCAUGCUUGGUGCUUCAGCUAUUGUCAAGAUAACCUCUGUUGGAAGGUGGUCACUAAUUGAGACUCUCCACCAAAUAAAUCAGAAAACGAAGUCGGUGGAGAAAACACUCGAGUACAAAUGUUCUCCCUGUUCUGACCCAUGUGAGUGUUGUGAAUAUUCAAGAGAGACAGAAGCUUGUGCUUGUGGAUCAGAGAGCUGUGUAGGACCGACUACUUUAGAGCAAAGUAACAUUUCUCAGAAUGGCAUGCUGCCAGAAGACCGAAACAAAAGAAAUCUCAUUGGAUGGUUCCUAAGAAAGUGGGAAAAUCAGUCACAAAAAAUGGCGGUGAAUGGUACUGCCUCGGGAUCCAAAAAGAAGCAAGACUGGGCCAAAGGAGCGGGUGUGGGUGUUGUGGAUAGGACACUUCUAGGAGGAUUAAUUGUCAGCUUUUUUACUGUUGUAGCCUCACUAAUACAUGUUGGAUUUAGGACCGUGUCAUCCUAGUCAACUAUAUAUUUGUAACUUGUCCUGUUUUUUUGGGGGGUCAUCUUCAUAGAAGAUUUGACACGUAUGGAAAUUCUUGUUUUGUAAAUGGCAAGAGUUCUGUUCCAAUGUUAUCGAGGGGAUAGCACAACUCUACUUUGGAUUGCCAAUUCUUUGGGAAUUGUGGAAUGCACUCCUUUCUCUUGGAAUGAUUUACAUGCUUAA